UCUGUGUGAAAGUGUGAUAAUUACAGCAGGUAAAGGUGCUGGGACUCAUCUGUGAGGCACUGCUCUCUGUUUCCAGCCCUCCAUUAGGUCACCUCCCUCUGGUGCUCUGGGACGGCCCUCUGCUAACCAGCCUGCCCCGCUUUUUUACUCCUCCACAACUUCUACAAGUUUUCCCACCGCGAGUACCGCCGCUCUCAGAGCCAGACUGAGAACCCAGAGACCUCAGAAUGGAGCGGGACUGAGCGCUUCAGCCGCGCGGACUGAGGGUCUGAACCGGAGCAAUGGCGCCGUUUGGAAAACACUUUCUGAAGGCUCGUUUGAAAAACAGGUCUAAAGAUGCAGAGGAGACACCACCAGGGAAGGAAAUUCAAGUGCUUGUGUGCAAAGAAGAGAAAGCUGUCUGUGGAGUCACCAAGCAUACAACUUGUGCCGAUGUGGUUCAGGCUCUACUGGAAGACCAUAAGACAGUUCCGGAAAGUAAGAGGCUCUUGCAUGGGGAGCCAAAAGAGUUCUGUCUGUUGGAGCGAUGGAAGGGAUUUGAAAGGGCUCUGCCCCCUCUCACCCGUAUCCUCCGGCUGUGGAAUGCGUGGGGUGAAGAAAGACCCUUUAUCCAGUUUGUCUUGGUGAAGACCAGUGACUUUGUGCCAUCCACCACUGGUGCCAAGAGGGCAACAAAGUCCCGUGGGGUCAAAUCUAAGAAAUGGGAGCAGGGUCCGGCACAAUAUGCCAAGACUCUUCCUGUGGAGCGUCAGAAGCGCAUGGUAAAGAAGGCCUUCCGCAAGCUGGAGAAACUGCAAAAGGGAGGGCCUUCAGAGGGCUCAGAGGAAAUUGACAAAAUGGUGAAACUGCUCAUCACGCAGGACCAUACCAUCCGGCAGCAGAUCCACAAGAUGCGUGAACUGGACCUGGAGAUCCAGCAGAUGGAACAGCAACUAAAGGACAGUCCUGUGCCUGCUGAGAAGGAUUCCAGUGAGCAUUUCAUGUCCUUUUCUGUUUUCCAGUGCGAGGACCAACUGCAGGAGUAUCUUUACACCAGUGAUGGUGUCGAACAACUGGAUCUACAGGUGCGCCAGCAUCAAGAACUCAUUGAUGAGCUGUCCAGAGAUAUUGACCUAGAGCUGAGAAGUGCCCUUCAGACAAUAGACUCAGAUGAGCUGAAAGGUGCAGCAGCUGCAUGUCCUGCACUGGAUCUGCACUCCAUCUCCUCCCUGUCAUCUGCAGAGCUCUUAGAGCUGGACGGUCUGCGCAGUGAGCUGGAGCUGAGCAUGAGAGCAGGACUCACACUCCACACUCAAACCCAGGAUAUGGAGAAGCAGCUGCAGCACAAUGGAAUGAUGCUGCAGUCCAGAAACCAGGAGUAUCAGCAUCUCAUCACCCAGCUGAGCUCACUGCAGCUCGGGGACUGCUCUGAGGCUUCAAGCUCUGUGUCUCUGAAGAGUCCUGUCAGGGCUGGUGUCUCUCAAACAGUGGGAAAGCUUAGGCUGACCCUAUCUCCUACAGACGUUACAGAUACAGACUCAGACACUGGCAUAAGUUCCACACAUAGCCAGGACUCACUGUCUCCCUGUGUGGAAAGAGCAGCACCCCUAGACACUGAUGUCUAAACCAGACUAUACUGGACCAAAUUUAGAACUUGUAGUUUCAGGCAGCUUGACCAAAAAAUUAUAAUUUAAUGGUAAUUUGAAUUGCUGGAUGUUUAACUUCAAGCUACAAACUUUGCUUUUUAGAGCAACAAAGAUGCAAACUUUGUUCCUUGUUUCUGAGUGGACUAUGCAUUUCAAUUAGGGAUGCACUGAGUAUUUAUAAAUCAAAUAUUGAAAGUAAAUACACUGGAAAUGUAUUACUGAACAAACAACCUUUACUUUGAAAAGCAAGACAAAAUACAUUUAGACGGUUCAGUUUGUGCAGUCGUGAAAACGUGCAAAAAAUAAAAACCUGCAAAAACGUUUUGCAAAAUGGUUAAUUUUUUGUUCGCUUAUGGAUUCAGCCAAUAUUUGAAUUUCAGUGCAUCCUUAUUUGCUAUGUACUUAUGUUUAGAAGAUGAAGCAUUUAAGUGACCUAUUGUUUUUUUUGCUUUUUUUUUUUUUUUUUUUUUACGUCUCUCAGAAACUAAAUGCCAUAAUACCAUUACAUACUACACAAGAGUUAAAAGAAAAUAUCUAAUGUUUGUGAUCUAAUAAUGUUGAUCAUUUUAUCAGGUGAACAUCUAUAAAGCAUUUUACACCUGCCCUCUGUAACAAUACUCUCAGAUCCAUGCAUAAAUAAAAUUACCGCAGGACAUUUGUCGCGACCAUGAAAGAGAGAAAUACCCCAGGACACCAUGUAAAUUUAAUUUUGCCCAAAUUAGAAUAUAUGCUGCAUUCCAUUUGACUAAGAUGUCAAAUUCCCAAAUUCCAAGUUGAAUAAUUGUACUAAAAUAACUUCACAGAUCAGAUUUCAUAUUCUGAAAGUUUAUUAGCACUUAUAUAUGUUUAAAUCAUCAAAUCAGACAUAAAUCAGUCAUGGAAAUGUUUUAAAAUAGUGUACAAUUAUUUUAAUGUUUAACUAAAACACUGUCAACUCAUGAUGUCAUUUCCACUUAUGAGGUAAAUGGAAUGCAGCAAUAGAAUAACUAUUUUUGGAUACAAUAUUUUUCACCGGAAACAGUUACUGUACAUUGAAUGUAAAGUAUUUAAGGUCAUUUAAAAAUAUGCUUAACAAUGAAUAACUUAUUGUUUUAUAUUAAAACAUACAACAGGAAGUUUGUAGAGUUGAUUUAGGCCUACCUAUUUUUCUGAAUUUCUUUGAAAAUCUUUUUCUUUAUUUUGUUGUCUAUUUGUUGAGCUAUGAUACAGUAUGAACUACCAAUCAUAUCCAUACAUACACUCAUAAAAACUAAGGUGCUACAUGUCUCUUUAAGCAAUGCUCAUCAUAAAGAAGCAUUGUAGCAGUGUAGAGAGUGUGAAGGUUCUUCACCAGUUUAAAGGAUCUGCUGCACCUUGAUUUUUGAUGUUUUUGUAGCACCUUUGUUUUUAUGCGUGUACUUAAUAAUGCAUUGAAAAAUUCUUGUUAUUUUAAAUUAGAAGAACAUAAUUUAUUUAUUAUACACUGAGGUUAAUUUAAAAUGACCCACUAUGUCAAAAUUUUUUAACUAUAUUCUGACAUAGGUGAUCUUAAUUAAUAGUUGUAAAAUACAUGUACAAUUUCCAUUUGCGCUUUAUGAAGUUUUGUUUUUAUAAUGAUUUUAUGAUAUUUUCCCAAUAAAACAUCCCAACAACAUGGUGUCAA